AGAUACAUGGACUUACAUUAAUCUAAGCAUUUCCUUGAAUUGUAUAUAUAAAAAUCCAUAAACUUUUCUUGUUGAAUAUAGCGCCUCAGUAACAGCUGUAUUUGAAUUGGAAGAUGGAAGUGAGAAAAGUUUUAUGCGUUCUGUGCAAGGUUCUUCUUCUGAACACAGAAUAAAUAAUGUUCUUGUCAGCAGCCAAGGAUAUCUUAGCGAAUUGGAGCAGCUUGGUAUUAAUGUUAAAGCAAAGAAUUUUCUAGUAUUCCAAGGUGCAGUUGAAUCCAUAGCUAUGAAAAACCCAAAAGAGCGUACUGCUUUGUUUGAGGAGAUUAGUAAUUCUGGUGCAUUGAAAACAGAAUACGAAAGAUUAAGAACAGAAAUGUUGAAAGCUGAAGAAGAAACUCAAUUUUCAUAUCAGAAAAAGAAAGGAAUUGCUGCUGAAAGAAAAGAGGCAAAGUUAGAAAAAGAGGAGGCUGAAAAAUAUCAACGUCUUAAGGAAGAAUAUGUAU